UGACAAUGACAAAACGUAAAGCAUCACCUAGUAAAGAUGAAGAGACAGAUAAUAAAAAAAUGAAAUCAUAAAUGGCUAGAUAUUUUUACAUUUUAUUUCUAUUUCUAUUUACAAUGAGUUGAAACAAUAAUAAUGAACUUGUUUAAUAAGAGAAAACCUUAAACGUGUGGCCGAUGUAAAUGACUGUUUCUUUGUUAUACAAUGCAAUUAUUUUUCAUCUGCAGAUAUAAUCAUAUUAGCCUAAAACGCCUAUUUUUCAUUUUCAUUCAAUAACCUUUCUUUCACUCUUUCUUUCUCUCUCUUCUUUAUAUAUACGUAUGGUAAAUCCAUUUCGAAAAAGUUUUAAUUUUAGUCAUACUACUAGCAAUGACGACACUUGUAAGAGAAGCAAAAGACAUUCUUUAAGAGUGAUUACUAGUAAAAUGGAUGAUAUAGUAGUAGAUACGAUGAUGACUAAGGAUUAUACAUCAGCACAGUCUCCUCUUCUUAUAGCCAACAGCUAUAGUUCACCAGCAUCCAGAAUGCGUCAACGAUUAUCCUCAUUUUUCCGUAUAUCAUCUUCUCCUACAGCUUCAAUAAUCACAAAGGAAGCCCAUGAAAACAUGAGACAUGAUGUGAUGAUAAAGAAACCAUACUCUUUAUCUCUCGAGUCUGAUCACCAACAACAAUAUGAUUUAGUUAUGACUUCAACACCUUUGUUAGUAGAUGAUAGCCAUUCAAUAAUAACAACGAGUAGCGACAUAACAGAUCCUGCGCCGCCAGCUUCCCCUAUGACUAUGACUACUGAAGUACGAUUUCAAGAAGAAUGUCAACGUCUGAGUCUACCUUCCUGUUGUACAUCUUUUUUAGCAUAUCAAGUACAACACAUCCUGGGAUCAACUUUAGAUGAAGUGGAUGAGGAAAUUGAUAAAGAUUGGGAAUGCAGUCGAAAUAAAUUAAAACUAUCUUUAACUUUAUUAAAUAACACACACAUGAGCAAAUUCAUAUAUAAAUAAAUAAAUAAAUAAAUAGUGUAGAAAAAGUUCA